AUGACUUUAGCCAUGAAAGGAUUUAUAGAUAAAUACUUUUUUACAAAUUUACCCAACAAUUGGAGUCUUGAGUCUUUUGUUUUAGAACAUAACGAACCAGGAUACGUUAAAAAGGACUGUUUAUAUCUAUAUAAAGAAGGUUUGCAGAACAUUUAUAAGUCGUCUGAGUUUGACGAUGAGGUGAAGUCUGUGGCGAAGAAGUUGAUUGAAACUUAUGAAGAAGAUAAAAAGAAAUGCACAAACUUGCUUGAUUCUCACUCAGCUAGGGCAACUAUUCACCAAAAUAGGCUUUCAUUAUUGGUCAGCAAAGCGAAGUCCGCGAAUGCCACAAUAGACGCAGUUUUUACAGAAGCUGAUACCUCAUUACAAGGAGUUAAAACACCAACACCAAAGAAUGUUCCAAGAGAAACGGAACAUUUUUAUACAUCACCGGAACAAUUUGAUGCAACAUCACCUGUUUUACCAAGACGUCUUUUUAGUCAAGUUGAACCGGACUUUUUUGUUGAGAAUCCACAAGGUAGUAAACGUAAUCGCGAUUCUGAAGAAGGAGAUGAUACUGAGGAGUUCAACGCGGAUCAAACUAUCACUGGAGGUAAAAAUGUUGUUUGGUUUGUAGACGGUAUUGACAUUCGAAAAAAAUUUACGGAAUAUCAGCUGGGAACAAAACUACCGAAAACAAAACCCGAAUAUUACGACGUAAUUUUUUUCAAUGCUAUAGAUAAAAAUGGUUUUUUAGAAACACUAGAAAAAAGUACGGUAACGCAAAUGCUCAAAGAUAUAACAGAGAAGGAGAAAGAAACCUCAAAUAAUAAAGAACAGGAGAUUAGAUCGCUAUUAGAUGAAGUUAUUUCUCGUGACAUCGAUAUGUCUAAAAAGAAACUUAACCAGCGGAGAAGACUAAAUGAACCAUUUGAAAGAGAAUUCGCGUUACACUUUGUAAAUCACAUGAUAGAGCUAAUGGAAGACACAAAUUUGCUUCUUGAAUCUAUAUCCGAAGGAACUUACAUCGUUAGUGUAUUAGGGCCAAUUCUCAAUAAAUUUUUCAUAAAAAACAAAAAGAGUUGGCGUGUUAAAUAUGGUGAAACUUGUCUCAAGGCAAGUGCCUUGGACUGCAAUUCUCAGAAGGAAGAUGACAAUCGCAGAUCUGCCGGAAGGAAGAUCGAUGCAAUUAUUACUUUAAAGGAGGAAGAUGAGGAAUUUUCAGUUGUUGAAGUAAGUGGCUCUCCAUCAAAACAAGAUUGGACGCAUUUUAAAGGCGAUCGAAUGAAGAUUGUAAAGAUGCUGAAGACUUUGAUGAAUCGAUUAGCUGAACUUCGCCCUAAUUCUGAUAUUAGAGAGAUUAAACUGUAUGCAAUGCAGUCAUAUUUACAUGAACUUAUUAUUUACGAAUUCCGACUUAAAUAUGCUGAGAUUUACACGAUGAUAGAAGUUUUAAGAUUUCCCUUUCCAAAGACGUGGAAGGAUAUGAACGAGGCUUAUGAGGUCGUAAUGGGCUUACUAAAAUACGAACGUUUGCUAUCUUCAAGCUCGGAAGAGAUACAAGAUUUUUUGUGGAGUAAAUGCAAAGAUUCUCAAAUAAUGACCACACGAAUGAUUUAUUCUCCCGGUGGACGCACUAAGAAAGCACGAACUGCUUAA